AUGGUGUGUCUUUCCAUUCUUUCCCUGCUGGUGGCUGCUCCUGCGCCGACCGAAUGCCUCGGACUCUGGAACCCGCGUUAUCGCUCCUGGCACUCACAUGAAGGAAACGGUAUUGAAUUACUCAAACCUGAGGGAACAAGGGCGUUGCAUGCUACAGCUUCCCUCGACUCCUUUUUCGUAGAGAAUCAUAGACAUCAGGGUGACAGACAAGCCGCGGUUCCUUUGUCAACGGACAUUUGGCCCUGCAGUGGGUUCAGUGCAACUCCAUCUUCGACGACAGAACUGGGCUCGAGUGAAUUGACGCCAGCAAGUCGGUUGCCCUUUCAGGCGCCGGGAAAUCAUCUUGCAAAGAAGUUGGAUGCAGCUGGCGACGAGCACGGGAACAGUAACAGGGGUAAAGAGUCUCGCAGAGAUACAAGACUGACAAGGACGCGGUCUCACCCUGUCUUGCCGUCGGCUGCCUCCUCUUCUUUCGCCGAGCGUCUUUCUCCGUGGUCGGCUGCCUUCGCAGAAUACGGGAGCGCUUGGGCAGCUACCGAGAAAGAGGAGCCAGGCGAGAGCGGAAAUCCUCUUGCCUUCCUGGGUCCACCUGCUUAUUCGCCUGUGCACGAUCCGUUUCGCCUUCCCGAGGCUUCGGCGUCAACAUCGGCUUCACCCCAUGGGGACCUGAGGAUCGUCAGUGCUCUUCCCCUGUGUAGAAUUCCCCCCUAUGCUCUCGGCCCGAUGGUUGGCGCCGGGUCCUUCUCUAUGGUAUACCCAGUUCUUCAGCAUGAUUGCCCUGCUGCCGCAAAACUGCUACCAGGCCGCAAACUCGGAGUCAAAAUUUUCAGACUGAGGCUCACCGGUGUUUCGACGCUGCUCAACAGCGUCUGUGAGCGCCGGCGGAAUCAGAUUGACUCGGAUGCCUUUGAUGCUUUUCAUUCGUAUUUCAGGAGACUGCCUUUCAUGAGUCGAGAUUUCCACAGCAUGAUUCGGAUGCUUGACGAGGGCUUAACGGUCCAGCGGGUAAUGACAUAUGCGCAUCAUUUAACUCCGCAGCUUGUUUUAACGGAUGCCAAGGCGUUGCGCGAAGUCAUAAACACAAAUUGCUUCUACAAGGAAAUGAUUCAACUGGGGAUGAUUUUCCGGCGGAUCAAGGAAUACUUAAGGAAGCACCGACCCAAUGCAUGGGCAACGCUUCAAGAAGCCGACACAGAAACGCAAGCACUCGCGUACGCCGAGAUCGGCCUGAAGGAGCAAGGCUGGGCUCUUCCAGUAGCGCGUGUGAUCGUCAGCGACCACCAAGGGAUUCCGGCGUGGGGCCUUCUUACAGAGCUCUUUGAAGGCGACUUGAAGCCUGAAGCGGACAGAACCGGAUCAACUCUCGACGGAUGGCUCCGAGCGACCCCCGGCAAUGACGCGCUACACCAACUAUUCAGUUCUCGGGAGAGUCUGAUGGACCUGACGUCAAAGACCUUGAAGUCUCUUGCCUCGAUGCACACUCUGUUUGGUUUCGGGCACUUCGACAUCAAACCCAACAACCUCCUCUAUAGAACGCUCCCAACGGGGGAGGGUCGUCCCACCGGUGUCGAGGUCGCCUUGGCGGAUUUUGGCAUGGCGUCUGAGUUCUACGACUGGAUGCCUGUGCAAGGGACGAUUGAGUACAUGCCCCCCGAAAUGAAAGGUGUUCGUUCUCCUGUGAGAGCUCGUCCCGCAUUCGAUGUGUACGCCGCUGGCUUGACGAUAUCUCGGUUCUGGUCCUCCGCAAUGGCUCUCGGCGUCGCCGAGCCUUGGGUCUCGAAUUGCAUUGUUCCAGCCCUCUCACGCUCUGAAAUCCCAGUGGAAUUCACGUUUCGCCGAUUCACCACGCGCUCAGGGCCGAGAAUAUACACGGCGGCGACAAUCGCUUCUCUCGCCGCCUGCUUUGCACCGGCAGGAAAGGUUGAGAAAACGUAUCACACUCAAAUGCCUCAUAUCCUGCGGCUCCUGAUCUCUCAAAUGGUAGAAGCAGACGCGCGAGUCAGAGUCAGCAUGCGCCACGCCGCUCUCACGGUCGUAGGUAUGAGGGAGAUCGAGCAGCUGAGUGGGUUGUUCCCAAGUCGCUCAGGCGCGGAAUCGAAUGACGACAAUCUCCAGAAGUUUCAGGACAGUCCUCUGAUAAAAUUCCUUCUCUUUUAUCUUGGUAUCCCGCGCCUCUCGGUCACGACUGAUAAUAUGGAUGCCUACGGUCGCCUCGGUCGGUACCUGUUGGAUCUUGUGAAACACGAGCCCUUGCAUGCUGCAGCAACUGAAUUAGUGCAGCCUCUUGAUCUAGACUAUUUUCGCCAAGACAUAGAUUGGAUAAACACGACGAUUGACAUCUCCGAGAGCGAAGUGGAGGCCGUUAUUUCGAGAACGCGUGAGCGUCUCACCAAGAGCUUGGUGAUAACUGAUGAAGCGUGGGCAGACCUGGUCGACAUUCUCUUCGGAGUAACGCGUGAAGGUCUACGGGUGCUUGCCCAGCGCGCUAUUUAUGUGAGAAAAACUCACGCACUUCAGCAGGCUGUUGGAAAUGCCGUCGGCGAGUUCAUCAUGUCGCUGUACCAGGCUGAUGGCAGUCUUCAACUGAUUGCGGAAGACCCGUAUACAGACCUCUCCGAAACGAUCCUUGAUGGUCUUAGAGUCUUUGUGCCAAAAGACACCGAAAUCGGCCUGUAUCUGACUCACCGGGUAGCGGCAACCUAUACAGCUUGGACAACUCUGGAUCGGCUCCUACGAAAAGCGGUUCAACAGGCUCGAUCACACAGAGCAACUGAGGAAGCCGGUGCUGCCGCUGUAGAGGGCCCCUCGGCAGAGGCCCGGCUGCCUAAGGAUGAGGGAGCAUUGCAGGACGCAGUCUUUUCUUCGCUCCAAGCUAUCACGGCGCCUCUCUAUUUUGGUCUCCCGUGGGGAUUUGAUGCCGCUUCUACUUACGGUCGAACAGCGGAGGAGAUGACCAGCUUCGUGCAAGAAACGUAUAUUCCUCACGUUUCUAGAAUGUGGCCACAAGGCACGCAUAGGGCUAUCUUACGCCUCACCAUAGACAGAACAGUUCGAAAGCUGAACUCGGCUCUGCCUGCGAGCCCGGGAGAGAUUUACAAAACGGUUUUUGGUGCGCUACCAAAACACGGACUGAUUCCAACACUUUUCCACGUCGGCCUCGAAAGGGAAGAAUAUACGCAGCUUCUCUACGGCAAAAGCCUCAAAGACUUCAAGAAGAUAGUAGUACACUUUGCAGCGCAACAAGAGCUCAGGCUCGCCGUUGAAAGGGCGGUGGCUGCCCUUAGCCCUGAGGACGGUAGGGACGCCAGGGACGAGCAGACGCGCGCAGGGAAAGGCUUCAUUGAAGUCAUGCUGCGGUUCAAUGGGAAACGGAUGCCGCCAAAGGGCUCGGAGGCUGCCCGUCACAAGAUAAUCAAAAAGACGGUGUUUGUCGAUUCGACUCUUACUGUUGGUCAAGUCAACACAUUUUUCACAAAACUUCUUGCUGACAGUUUUGAUACGUCCUGUCGCGAAUAUGUCGCUGAAUUGAAAGUUUGGGUUAGCGGCGACUCCGCGGAGUUUCAAACCGUCCCGGAGAACGAAUUGGUAUCACAGAUUUUCGCAGCGCCUGAACGCGAAAAGGUUUUCAAGGUCGUUGCCACACAUCCGAGCACAGACUUGGCUGUCGCAGAGACUACGAAGGAGAUCGAGCAAUGGCAACAACAUGCUGCUGCGCCAGAUGCGAACAUGUUUCUGUUUGGAGAAGCGUGA